AUGACAGACCUUUGCAAAAAAUUUGGACUUGAUGUCGAUACGGCAAUAAAUCAGCUUCUUGACUACAGAAACUCUUCGACUAAGCUGGUAAGUUUGUUUGCAAACAGUAAAGCUUUCUUUGAGAAAAAUUGCAGAAGGUUAAACCAGUGCGGCUCAUAGAAUUGAUUUGGAUAGCUCAUCAAAACAUCAGAAGGAAUUCUUCUCGAUACAGCUUUCGUUUCAUUCACCAAUUAUUUUAUACCUGCCAACAAAACUUUUGAGUAAAAAUUACAAUUUGCCCAUAAAGUUCAGUUUGAGUCAAAAUUUAUAGCAUUUGCUCAUUGACCUGCGAAAGGCGGGUCGCUUUAAAAUGUAAAUUUUUCCAAUAGCGCAUAGAAAGGAAAAGCAGAAUUUUUUAUUUGCAUCAAUAAAAUAUGAAUUAGCAUUACGAAGGUCUACACAUUUUAGUCUCACACGUUCAGAUUUGUCCUCAGUUACUACAAAACGGAUCUUUGUUAUAGUUUACAUGCGCGUGUAUCUACUUUACUUUACAAAACUAAGCGACAGUGAUGUUUUGUUGACCAAAAUAAACCACUGUUAUUAUCUUUUUUUUCGUGCAGCUUCAAAAACUGCGACCAUUUGUCAUAAAAUAUGAAACCGACCAGUUAUUAACUUAUGUGGUAUUAACCAACAUCAAGCUUUUUUAAAAUUUUAGUUACUAUAUUUUUGACGAUACCAAAAAUAAAGUACAAAAUGACAAUGAUAAUAAUCAUAGCAACAAUGAACAAAAAUUGUAUAUGCAGAUUUUAGUCAACCCCAAGGAUUAAAUUUGGUUGUCAAUUCAGAAAUUGAAUUUUAAUGUCAGCAUGAAUUCAUCCGGCUUCCAUUAACGAGAGUGUUGUUGUUUAUAACGACAAAGGAAAUUUGAAACCGGGUGAAUAUUUUGGUUACAUUUCUCCUCAGAUGUUAUUCAAUCACAAAUGCUCUCAGUUUACAAUUGAUUUUAGUUGCUUUUAGAUAAAGGACUAAAUAAAUGCAACAAACUCAAUGGAAAUGAAAGUGCAAGUUAAUACUAACAGUAACUUUUUCACUUAACUUUCUGCUUCUUUAAUAAAUAGCUUAUGCAGUAAUCACACAGCUCUGGUUAAAAAAGAAAAAUCCUUAUUGUGUACACAAAAACUAAAAAAAAACUGGUUUGAAUUGGUAAACUUUGCCUUAGUGAAUGUGACAGUGCUGUGGUGUAAUCAUUGGAAAACAAAUGUUAUCAUUUUGGUUUUUGUUUGAUAAAGGAGGUAUAUUUGAGAGGGAGCCUUAAAGAGAAGAUUUAUCGGAGCAUGUACAGUAUUUAAAAUAUCACUUCCUUGGUUUAUGAAUAAAGUGAUAAAUGCAAUCACAUGGUUGAUUGGUUCAAUCCCUUUGUAUCCUGGUGUUGUUUUGUCAUUAAUAUCAUCUACUGCUCUCAUGGCCUAUUUGCAGAUGGAAGUUGUUUCCUUGCCAUGUUUUAACAGUACUGAUUAUAAUGAUUGACUGGUCCAAAACAGGUUCAGCUUCCUGAGGGAACCAUCCGAUUAUUAUGCCAGGUUUCCAGAGAAGUUUUCAUGCAAGAGGGUGUGCUUCUAGAACUAGGUGCUCCAAUGAAUAUUUUUGGUGAUAUCCAUGGACAGUAUGAUGAUCUUCUGAGGCAUUUUGACAAUCUAGGUUAUCCUCCAGACAUUGCCUGCCUAUUUAUGGGAGACUAUGUGGACAGGUAUGGCUUAAACAUCAUUAGUUAUUUUAAUUACCAACUUUUUAGCAUUUUUGUUGAGCAAUCAGCACCAUCUCUCUCGGAGAGAGUAAUUAUAAACAAUUAUUUUCCUUUAUCCAAAUUGUCACCUAUGCUGAGCUGCACUAAAAGCAAGCAAAUGUUUUCUAUUGAGUGGUUUUAAGGUAGAACUAAGUUUCUACAGCUGUUUCAAAUCAUGUAGUUGUUAUCUCUUGCAUGAUUAUAAUUUCCAGUGAUGUCAUCUGUCUAUCACAUGCUGAAUUAAUUUACUAGCAAAAUUAAUAUUAUAAUCUUUAACAGCUGAAAUACAUCCAGAUUGUUUACUGUUCUCUGACUGGAAUCACAUAAUGAGAUAUCAGGACAUGUAAGCAAACCACAAAACAUUACUGCCAAUGGUUAACAUUUCUCAGGCGUGUUUCCCCGGAUUUCCUGCGGAAUGUACCAUCACAUUCAAUAAAUUCUUCAGGUGUCCACUUUUCUCUGAGUUCCACAUUCGCUUCCACAUUCAGGUGUUGAAAACUUUGGCUUUUAAUAAUUUGUGUUUCUCAGGGGAAGGAAGUCCUUAGAAACAAUAUGUUUACUACUUGCUUACAAAAUCAAGUAUCCUGAUAAAAUGUACUUGCUGCGAGGAAAUCAUGAGUGUGCUUCCAUUAACAGGUGAAUUUACUUAAUUUGCAGAUUAGUGAAUAUUACAGAUAAAAACAAACAAACAAAUCACAUAAAGUCAGGGAAGCAUUUUGGCCUGAGAUGUUUAGCACUGCUGUUUUUGUUAUUGGUAGUCCUCUCUGUCGUAACUGGAGAAAGAGGAAAAUUUCAUCUCCUUUUGUGGGCAGGGGGAGAGGGGUAGACUGCAGAAUCUCUGACUUCCUUUACAUUUCACUCCUGUUUUCCUUCCUCUUAUUGCACAACAUUGCAGAUUGACCAUUCUACCUUGAUAAUGUUACUUCUACCUCUAAUCUUCCCCUUUGGACAUGUUUCCCUGCUGCAGGUGUUACAAUAAAAGAACAUAGGCAUGAUAUGCAUACAAGAGUUUAAUUUUUAGGCCUGGUGGGUUGAGGUGGGACACUGUGUACUGUAACUCAGUGAUGUUUUCUCUUGUCAGGCAAUGCCCUCUCUCCCCCAUUUUGAAGAGACCAAACAACAGUUGCAAGGGAGGCUGGGCUUACAUUCAUUCCUCUGUCUGAGAUUAUUGAACAUUGUCCGUUUACUUUUAGUUGCCCUAGGAAUAUCAUCCCAUGUGAUUUUAAUGCAAAAUGCAAACAGAAACUCUUUUUCAUCUUCAACAGACCCUAUAUUGUAAUCUUCAUUCUCUAAAUAAGUGAAGAUACAUUGAACAAAAGAGAAAAAUAUCUUAUUUUAAAGGCUUUCACUUGGGCAUAAUAAUGUGAGCUCUUUAUUUGGUUGUUGCCUUUCUGGAUUUUUCCCCCUGUGUGUGAAAUGCAUGAUUAAAUGCAGGUUGUUUACAAGGAAGUGACAAGUGAUGGGAUACAGUUUAAGGAAGCUUAAGGAAAAUUUGAUUGGUAGAAAUUAAAAAAAGAAAGUGUUGUUUGUGUUUCAUUUAGUGGAUUGAAUUUGUUUUUCCUCGUAGAAUUUAUGGUUUCUAUGAUGAAUGUAAAAGAAGAUACAACAUAAAACUUUGGAAAACAUUCACAGACUGUUUCAAUUGUCUACCAAUUGGUAAAUGCUUUGUUAUAUUUAAGGUAUCUUUAUUGUUAAUUUAAGAUUAAAAACUACAGUUCUGUUUUCUAGGUAAAGCACAAUUAGCAAAUUAAAAUGCUCCUAUUUUAGAGACAGUAAUUUGGUAACAUUUUCAUCAGUUGACAAAUAAAUAGCCAAACCAAUCAAACUGCUGAGAAUGGUGUCCAUUUAAUUUAUAUAAUUAUAAAAAAUGCUUACUUCAACAUUCACAAACGUUUUAACUGUACUUGAACUCUUUUUAGCCGCAGUUGUAGAGAAUACCAUCUUUUGUUCUCAUGGAGGCCUUUCUCCAGAUUUACAUGACUUUGAUCAGGUUGGUCCAUAGUGGCUUUAAUUUCAAUUGUAAUUGUAAAGCAUUCCCUUAAAUAAAGAUAUUAAGCCAUCAGUAAUUGACUCAAUUACGGUUAUAAUUGCUCCACUUGUGAUGAGGUUAAAAAAAAUGUGUGGAAACCAUUAGAAUCAAAUUGACUCCAUGUGCUGAAGAAACGUCUGAAUUUGGACUACCUUAUGUCUUUACUCAUCUGAUGCAUUUGCUCGUUUGUCGGCAAAUUUUGUACUAGUACCGUAGGCACUUCAGAAUUUCAAGCGUUUAAUUCCUGUAUCGUGUGGACGUUCCUGAGCAAUCUUGGUAAUCAUAAAAACUAUUCCUCUGUCAGUGGAUUAUUUAGUGAAACAGUCAUGACAGUAGUUAUUGUUGAUGUUCAGUUGCGCUCUCUAGAGCGGCCCAUGGAUGUUCCUGACGAUGGACUUGUGUGUGAUUUACUUUGGUCCGACCCAGAUGAGGUACAGAAUUGAAUGAAUUUGCAUGAAUUUUUAUUUCGGGUCGUGUUGAUGUACACCAAUUGACAUCCAAUCUUCUUUUGGGAGUGGUGUACAGGUUAUAUAUUUAUUUCCUGCUAAAUUAUUGCGUCGGUCGUAUGAUUAAUGUGGGUUAGGUGUGACAUCUAGAGAGUAACACCAAACUUUGUCGAUGCAAACGUAAAGGGUCUGAAACUGGUUUGAAAAAGCGAGGAAAUACAGAAGAAACAAACAUUUCUCAUGAAAGUUUCCUAAUGGAAAAAAAAAACCUUUUCAGGAGUCAUACUCAUUUCGUAAAUUUUCAAUUUUAACGCACUAAAAGGUGUAUUUGUGUGGUUACCCAAGUUCAAAUAAAGGUUGUCUUUAUAAAUAAUGAACAGAACUUAAUACCUUGCAAGGUUAAUUAUUCAUGUGCAUUUGGUACCUAUAAUUGAAAACAAUUUUAACAGUUUCCAUCGCUAGAAAAGGCGGUGUGUUCUGCGCACUUGCAACAGGCUGUACGUUUAUCAGCUGUUAUCAUUGUACUGUUUGUUUUCCCGGCCGCAUAAUCGGUAAUGCAAUAUUGAGCUUCAGGAACGGUUGUUAUUUGUAUUAAAUGUUGUUCUCCAUCCAAUUACGUAUCGUUGAUACCCUAUGUUUAUUUAUGGUCAUUCUCACGAGAUUCUUUCUCCCAAAUAUUUAUUCCUAGGACAUUACUGGUUGGGGCGAAAACGACCGCGGUGUAUCGUGGACGUUUGGUGGUGAUGUUGUCCGAUCAUUUCUCGAGAAGCACGACUUAAGUUUAGUAGCACGUGCUCAUCAGGUACACAAUAAGACAUUUUUUGCCCAACUCCCCUCGGACUUUUCAGAGUGUAGGUAUCUCCGUUUUCGAAGCAUAGAGCAGUUUUCAAAUGAGUGUCAAAAGGAAUCCGAGAUUUUAUGGGUUCUUUUUCCCCACGCUCUGUGAUUGGUCAGAAUACUCGCGCCACCCUAUCAACCAGUCAGAUGCAGUGCUUAAAACAAAUCUUUACCUAAUUCAUGAUGUUUUCCCGCGCUUCCGGCUGUUUGCUUGUUUCCUCACUGAUUUUUAAUUGGCUCCGAGUAUUAUUUCCCUUUGUGUGACUGGCCGUAGUGAUUACUUUGGUUUGUGUGCCACGGCACUCGCUCUAAGAGAGCGAAGAUGUUGAUAUUACUACUGGAACAGGAGAACCCUCCCCUCCCUCCGGAAGUAGAGUGAGUGACAGGCUUAGGUUAGGUUAGGCUGUUACUAAGAGGUUCAAUUCACUUGAUAUUUAAGACUAAGAAAGUAUUUUGUUUGUUCCCUUACAAAAGUUGUCCACGUUAGCGAGGCAAACGUUGGCUGAGCUUCUGCAGCUCAUUCGUGGUGAUAAUUGUUUGUGGCUUUCUCUGUCUUCUUUUACAGGUUGUUGAAGACGGUUACAGAUUUUUCGAGAAGAGAAAGGUAGCCAAACCCGAACGUUUAUUGCAUGUAAAAGAACAUUGUGAGAUCUAUAAUAUUCUUGCAUGGUGACGAUGAUACUGUUACCCUCACAGUGAAAUUGUACGAGGUUGAUGGACAUUUUGUCUAUGGUAACUUAUCCCAAAUAAGUGUCAACACCAAGUUUUCUAUACCAACGUAAACAGUGAACAAUGUUUUGUCGGCACUUACUGAAGGAAGUUGCAUGUGUAAAUGUAGUUGUAGAUUGGAUGUAAACCUGAGACGAAAAAGCUUUGUCCACUGUUAUUUCACUUCAUGAGCGUUGUUUGGAAUGACAGGCAAUUUCAUUUCAUAUUUAUUGUCCUUAAUUUCCAGCUUGUUACUCUGUUCAGUGCUCCAAAUUACUGCGGUGAGUUUGACAAUGCUGGUGGCGUUUUGGUAGUCCACAAGAACUUGAUGUGUUCUCUAAGUAUUCUAAAGGUAAGUUGCAAGUUUUAGCGUUUUUUAUUUUUCAAUCCCAUGCAAUCGUCCUCAUCCUUUUCAAUGGAGUAAUGCUCGUGGCUUAAAAAUUGUCUUUUACUAAUUUUGAUGUGGUCUUGUUUCAGCCCAACAGCCUAACGAAUAAAAUCAAAGAAACGCUUUCUCAGAAGAAAAGUGGGCGCCUUAAUCGCUCUUCUAAUCGGAUUCAAGUCCAAUAG